AUGGCGGACGAUCAGUUAGAUUUGGCCGCGAAGGCGUUUAAAGCCUCAGCAAACUACGAGGAAGCGCGACCAACAUAUUCUGUUGAAUCUGUAAGAUUUCUUCUGGAAAAGGUCGGGAUCUUAGAAGAAAAGGAAAUGAAAAGCCAGCCACGUACUAUUCUUGAAUUAGGUUGCGGUACAGGGAAAUUCACUAGGAUUCUGAUGGAGGUUUUAAAAGACACAGAUGCCCGAGUGAUAGCGACUGAUCCCCUGGAAAAUAUGCUGAAAGAGUUUCGAAAAAUUUUCCCAAACUUCGAAGUGGAACAGAGCAGCGCAGAGAACAUUGGUAAGUUUGGUUUUCUUUAUAAUUACAUUUUCUUGGUGCACAAAUCUAUCUGCUGUCCGUAGGAUUGAGGAUACUUCAUUGUGUUUUACAUUACAUUAUAAGCGUUUUAUCGAGUACUGGGACACUAUGGAGGAUGGUCAUACAACUUCGGCCGCGAAGGCGUAUAAAGCCUUAGCAAACUAGAAGAAACUCGACCAUUAUUCUCUAAAAUCUGUAACAUUUCUUCUGGAAAAUUAAAGAUCAGAAUUUAAAAGAAAAGGAGAAAGUCAGAGCAUAGAAUGUACUUAUCAACGUCAAUUUAAGCCAGCUCAAUCAAGUGCCAUUUCAACUUCUGACACAAGUAUAAGGCAAUUUUUUUUCUAUGAUAAUGGUUCAAACAAAAGAGGAAUUCAAAUUCAGCUGUGUUGGUGUAUAAAAAACAGACCCAAUGGACGUCUAUUUGCUUGUACAACUGCCAUUAACAAUUUCCUUUGAAUUCUCUUUAUUAAUAAUGGAUCAAGCCUUAUAGUUAUAAGUAAAAUUAAUGUAGAUUGUUUGGUUUUGAAUUUUUUCAUUUUUAUUCCUCAUUGCCCUGAUAUUGUGGACAUUUGAAAGGGUGGAUGUGAGGAAACAUUGAGCUGUAGAACUGAAGAAAAUAUGGAAAUGAGCUGGGAGUUAUGUACAACUGUGAAUACUUAAAUUGUGGAAGUAUCUUAGGAAUGGAAUGGACUUGUGGAAGGAAAGAAGUGUUGGAAGUCUGGAAGUGUAAAUGUGUAAACUUUUGGAGGUUUUAUGCAUAGAAGUGUAAGAUUUAGAGGUUGGAAAGUAUGGAAAUAUAGAAACUUGGAAGUUUGCUCUCCUACUUUAUAACAAUUUUAUUUAUUUUUGCUUUUUUUUUGUUCAUUCACAAAGCUUUUCCAGACUCAAGUGUAGAUGUGGUCCUGGCAGCCCAUUGUUUCCACUGGUUUGCAAAUGAAGAAGCUGUGAAAGAGAUAUACCGUGUGUUAACUCCACAGGGAACUUUGGGAAUGAUCUGGGCAUUACCAGAUGAAUCAGUACCUUGGCUAAAAGAGAUGAUGACAUUUUUUCAUCCAUUGGAAGAAGACUUCAAGUAUACUAUUUCAAAAGAAACCAUGGACAAAGUCUUUGAAGAAGUUGGGAAGCUCUUCACGAUCGAGAAGGAGUCAGGUAAAAAGACUUCUUGGCAUCUUAGUUAUGAUGGCUGUUACAAGUACUUUGUAUCAAAAGGAAUCAUGCAGAGAGGUACAGAUGAAGUCAAAUGUCAGUUUAAGACUUGGUUUGAUUAUAUUAUAGGUAAGCAUUUUCCUAACAGUGAAGGAAAGGAGUCAAUCACUUUUCCUUUAGCUUAUUUAAUUUGCUGGUGCAAGAAAAAAAAAUUAUGAUGAAAGGCUAGAGGUCUUUUGUAUUAGUACUCUCUUGAAAUCAUAUCUGGUUUGUGGUGGACUUCUAAAAUAACUUUUACGCUUAUGUCAGUUUGAACCAUUGUGAGAUUGUAUAAUCAAAUUUCUCCUGGGCAAUUUUUAAAAAUACAGUUAAAUAAAA